UAUAGACUGCUGACUACUAAACUACAUGGUCACUCCCAGAGUUCCCUGCUCAUUCAAACUGCAUUGUAUGUAAUGGCUGGUCGUUGUCCUGAUCACACAGGAACUGCUCCACUUCUCAGACAGGCUUUGUCUUUUAAAAACGGCAAACUCUACUAUGUUUUAUUUCCUCCAGACAGCGCCAAGACCAAUGCAAGAAGAACAAAGAAAAAGCCUCAAGGACAGUGAAAGGUCUAUUGGCAAUAAAAGGAGCACGCAUUUCCUUAUUGCUACCUUUGUCUCUGGACUACACGUUCCAGAGUGCACCAGUGGAGAAGGCGGGGAGGAGAGGCUGGCGUACCUGUUCACCCAGGUGACAUCCAGUCCCAGGAAGGUGUGUGACAGAGCAGGUCCCUGCAGGCAAGGCGAGAGGGAAGACAUCAGACAAGGCUGGGAGGACUCUAGGAAGAGUUUUCGGUUGUCGAGUCACCUAAUACACUCUUUGCCAAUUCAUUGUAGAGGGAUCUGCAUCAUGUCCCACCGUUCCUGACCUGGAUGGAAGCUCCCGUGGAUCCGGGGCCCUCAGCAUUACAAGCCAUGUCUGGAAUUAGCCCACCAGAGGAUGACCCUUUUGAUUUCCUCUUCAAAAUAAUUCUGAUUGGUGACUCAAAUGUUGGAAAGACAUGCGUAGUGCAACGCUUUCAGUCAGGCGUCUUCAGCGACAAACACCAAAACACAAUCGGCGUAGACUUCUCAGUGCGCUCACUAAACAUUGAGGGCAAAAGGGUCAAGGUUCAAGUCUGGGAUACAGCUGGCCAGGAGAGAUUCCGUACAAUCACCCAGAGUUAUUAUCGAAGUGCUCAUGGGGCCAUCAUUGCCUAUGAUAUCACUCGCCGGCAGACCUUUGAUUCUGUCCCUCACUGGAUCCAUGAAGUUGAGAGAUAUGGAGCAGCAAAUCUCAUGGUGAUGCUUAUUGGUAAUAAGACAGAUCUGACAGAGAAUCGGCAAAUCUUGUUUGAAGAAGCUUGCACGUUGGCAGAGAAGUUUGGCCUGCUUGCUGUCUUGGAGACUUCAGCUAAAGAAUCUCGGAACAUUGAUGAGGUCUUCCUCCUCAUGACAAAAGAACUGAUUGCUCGGAACACCAUGCACUUCCACAAGGACGGACCACGGAACAGUUUCGUACUGGACUCACGGCCUAUUGUGGCAGCCAAGGAGCCCGAAAAAAACUGUCUUUGUGGGUAAUUGAGGGGUGACAUUACAAUGGAACCAGAAAAAGAAGUGUCUUAUUGUGUCAGUAUCAAUCUUGGUCCAUAGCUUGGAGUCCUAAUGGAACCACGUCCAAAUUUGCAGGAAAUAUUGACCUGAUUUGGAAAUCCUUUGGAAAUGACCCUGAACCAUGCCAAUAGUGGAAGGCUGGCAGCUGGUGGGUUUAUGGGAAAUAUGCAGAGGUAGCAGUCACCACACUUCUGCAGCUUUAUUCUCCUGAAGGACAGUUAUGGUUAUAAUUGUGUCCUUUUCUCAUUAUCUGUGAAAUGAUUAUUUAUAUACGUAUAUUUUAUAUUUUUAACCAGUGGCAUCCACUGGAUUGACCAUAGAUUGUUUUUAUCAGUCACUGACAGAAGCACCGUCGUCCUAUUGGUGGUCUGUUGGGAAAAUCAAAGGUGAUUGCGACUAUGACAGACAUUAUCAUUUCACAGUGGCUACAGCAUGAAAGGUGCUUAUUGGAAUUACAUUUAUUGAGACACAAUCCCUAUAUUUUUAGCACUAUGGGGCAGGGGCGGACUGACAACUCAUGGGGCCCCCGGGCAAUAGAAGAUUAUGGAGCCCCUGUGCUUACAGAUGGCUACCACGACAGGAGGCAGUGCAGAGGCGGAGCAGCUAA